AUGGCUUUCUAUGGAUGGCCUAUUUCUCAGUGUCAAUCACUAAGCACCCCUCUUGAAAGACAACUACAUUCUGGCAUUCGAGUUCUCGAUAUACGCUUAGCGAUCGUCGAUUCCCGCCUUAUUUCAUACCAUGGAAUAUACCCAGAACGUACGCCCUUUGCGGAAAUCUUAUCAACCGUGCACAUGUUCCUUAUAGCACCCUCCACCUCGCGCGAGACCAUAGUCAUGUCAAUCAAGCAGGAAGACUCUGAUCCACAACGCUUCACCAGCCUUGUUCGUGCAGAGAUCUUGGCCUCACCAGGGGGUUUGGGCAUGUGGUAUUUAGAAAAUAGAAUACCAACCCUGGGCGAGGUGAGAGGCAAGGUCGUAAUGUUCAGCCGUUUCGGUGGCAAUGGUGAUGGGUGGGACAAUGCUGCUAUUGGAAUCCACCCACCUAUCUGGCCUGACAGCGACAAGCUCGGCUUCACUUGGAACUGCCAGAACACCCUGGUGCAGACUCAGGACUGGUAUGCAAUCCCUUCCUUCCUCUCUAUUCCUGAGAAAGUUGCCCUUUCAACCGAUAUCCUCGUUGCACCCGGUGGCUCUCCUUUCCCAACCCUCUCGAUAUCCUUCCUUUCUGCAUCUUCAAUACCCUUAGCUUUCCCUCCCACAAUCGCCCGAGGCCUCGGGUGGCCGCGGUGGAGAAUUGGAUUUGAAGGCGUCAAUGCUCGAAUGGGGUCCCCGCGGAUCAGGGGUUGGGCGCUAAUGGACUUCUACGAAGAUCCGAUAGAACAAGGCGUCAUCCCGCUGUUUGUAGAAUGUAAUUUCGGAGGGAGAAAGAGCUUGGAGGAAGGUUGGGCGUGA